AAGGACAAAUUCCUGUGCCUGUGCGUAUUUUAAAAAAUGGGAAAUUUGAAAGUGUUACUUCUACUUUCUUUUAUGCACUUUUAUUUAACAUCCUCAUUGCAAAAUCUCUACUGGUUUGUAUAUGAACGUUGUGAUAUUACCGAAAUUAAUGAAAACAUUGUGGCAAAUAUGACCUACAAGUGCUAUAAAACUAAUCGUACCAGCCUAUUCAUGAAUUUUAGUUACACCUCUAAGGUUGAUAUAAUUUCGAAUAAGGAUGCACAGCUUUCCAUUGACACUGGAUUCUUCAGAAGUAACGAAUAUCGGUCCGGACCCGUUAAGUUCAAUAUACCGCUCUGUGAAGUACUGACGCAUAAAGAUUUUGAUAUUCCUUACAUGUUGAACCAUAGUAAUCUUCAUCCUUGCCCAAUAAAAAAAGGAGAAUCUUUUUUUGGAUAUCAUCUACGACCUGGUGCUCCAAAUUUUCCACCGCUCCUACCCGAGGGAAGGUGGAAGCUAAUUUUGAGAGCAGUUUGGAAAGGAACCGUAGCGUAUGUCGUUAAUUGGUACUUCAAAAUUGUUUACCCCUUACCAAUUGCUUAG